AUGGCAGUUAGAAAACAUAAUCUUCAUUAUAUAUGGGUUCAGGUCUCUUGCAUCAUCGAGUUUGAUGGAGCUUCAAAAGGAAAUCCCGGAAAAGCCGGUGCUGGAGCAAUCCUCCGUUCGGAAGACGGAACUGUGGUGUGUAUUUUCUCCAGAUCCUUUUCUUCCUGAUUUAAUUUCUGUCCGUCGGAUGUUGUACAAGCAAGCAGAUUGGCUUCCACGCUUCGUGAUGUGUGUAGGUUGCUAGAUUACGUGAAGGCUUGGGUGUUGUGACAAAUAACGUGGCAGAGUAUCGAGCUAUAAUCUUAGGAAUGAAAUACGCUCUUCAGAAGGGAUUCAAGCGCGUUCGCGUAGUAGGAGACUCCCAACUUGUCUGCAACCAGGUUAGCAGUUGAUGAAGGUUUAUUAAUUUCGAAGGCUGUUGUGAUCCUAGACGAAUGAUUUAUUUAGUUUUUUUUUUCGACAAGGAAUGAUAUUUUUUAGUGUAAUCUAUAUACUUAUUUUUUAUGUUUUUUAUGUUUUUUCUCUUCUUUCUUUUUUAUUUGGUGCUGGGUGUGCAACAGUUCUUGAGGCAAAUCAUCCACGGAAGGAAUUCGAACUGUUACAAUUUUGAAAGCACUACUAUGAUUGUUCUUGCAGUGUAGCAUUUUUUAGUUUCGAGUCCAGUCUCUACCCUUUGGAACGACUUUCAUUUUUUUUAAUAAAUUUAUUUAAUUUAUAAAUUAAAAAUCAGAGACAUGCAAUUCCCAAAAGAUUAAAAUCAGUCGAGACAUCAUUCCUUAGAGAAUGGCAGCUUAAUUCUGGAUAGCAUAAGAUCAGGAUCAGAAUGUCAGUAAGUUAUUUAAUUAAAAUGUAAAGAGAAAAUGAAUGGGAGAAAAAAAAACAGCAUACUCCUUUACCCUGUCUACCGAGGUAAUGACCUCCCUUUGUCAUGUUGCUGCAUGUCUCGACUGCAAGUCAGAGAGCGUUGAUGUCAAGUUGAUAGCUAGUUUGUCCGAUUUCUUUAGAUGUACUGCAGCUGACCAAAAAUUAUUGUUUCAAAUCGAAAUAGGUCCAAGAUCGAUGGCAAACAAAGCACCCAAAUCUCAUGAACUUGUGCAAGGAAGCUAAGGAACUCAAGAGCAAGUUUGAUAGCUGUGAGAUCUGCCAUGUGGAAAGGGUAAGUUCAUGAUCACCCCCAUUCAGUGCGACACAGCUUAAACCCUAACAGCUUUAACUCCUGAACCCUAAUACGUCCUUGGGAUUAUUCUAUGCCCCAGUAAAAUGUUUGGAUUAGAAAAUGGAACAUGUGAGAAAAUUAUGAUCUCGUUGUCUUCUCUGUGCAAACCUUCAAGAUCCACCUUUAACACUGAAGUAAUACUUCUUUUCGGACAUUAUAAUGCAUUUGUACAGAAAAAAAAUCCCUCCUCUGGUCAUUUCCUCAUUAGCAAUACAUUAACACGCCUUGAUUUCCUUUUGAAUGCAUAGAACUUGUUCUAUCCUGAUGUGAACAGCUGUGCUCCAGUGAUCUGUGAGUUCUUAAGGGGUCAAUAUUCUUGGCAUGACUCCCUUGCUCCUCCUGUUAUAUAUUGUAGGAACUCAAUUCUGAUGCUGACAAGGAAGCAAACUUCGCCGUUCAUCUCGCCAGUAUGUCGCGCCACUCCCAGUGAUCCCCCUUCUAGUCAAUCAUUUUCUCUGGGUCAACUGAUGCCUGCCAGGAUGAUGACCAGAAAAUUUUAAUCUCAGGUGGUGAAGUUUAUGACUCGGGUGCUGCAGCAUACUAG